AGAAAAUUCCGACAGUCAUGAAGGCAGCAGGGCUGCUGCUGCUUUGUAUCCAUAUUACCUUGUUAGCAGGUUACGAGCUAACUGAAUACAGGCGGUACAGUGCGGCUACAAGGGGAUGUCCCAACCUAUUUAAUACAAGCUGAGGACUCCUUGGUUUUUGUCGGCUCUACACAAGCAGGACUAACUUCAAAACUUUAUCGAGAUGACGACGCGGUCGGAGAGAGAAAAAGCCCAGAAACUGAAUGAACAGCAUCAGGCCAUUCUGUCUAAACUGCUGAGAGAAGACGACAACAAGUACUGCGCUGACUGUGAGGCAAAAGGUCCUCGAUGGGCAUCAUGGAACCUUGGGGUGUUCAUGUGUAUUCGCUGUGCUGGCAUCCACCGCAACUUGGGGGUCCACAUCUCCAGAGUCAAAUCUGUCAAUCUGGACCAGUGGACACCUGAGCAGAUCCAGAGUAUGGUGGACAUGGGCAACAACAGGGCCAAACAGCUGUACGAAGCCCACCUACCAGAGAACUUCAGACGGCCACAGACAGACCAAGCAGUGGAAGUGUUCAUCCGGGACAAGUACGAGAGGAAAAAGUACUAUGACAAGGAGGCCCUGGCUACUGCUUCUCAGAAGUCGUCUGAAGCUGCUCCUCCCUCCACUUCGCCGUCCUCGCAGGCUGACAGGAGCAGACAGGAGAAAGAGCGUGAAAAGAAGAAGGAGGAGAAGAAGAAAGAGAAGGAUGCUGAAAAAGUGGAGAGACACAACAACACAAAGCAGUCAGAGUGCAGAGCCAAUCCCAAGGAAAGCACAGAGUCGGCCGUGGACCUGCUGGGCCUGGAUGCUCCAGAGGGUGGUGGGAAGGGCUCGGGCAGUGCUGCGCCAAUCAGCGAUGAACUGGACAUCUUUGGACCAAUGGUUUCCAACCCUCUUCACUCAUCCAACACACAGCAGGCUCAGACUGGUUCCAGUACAGCACCUCAGCAGGUGGACCCCUCCACCUCCUCCUCUGCCUCCCCCUCUAUCUCCACCACUACCACCACGAAGGCAGAGCAGAAGAAGCUUUUAUCUAAAGACUCCAUCCUGUCUCUGUAUGCCAGCAGCUCAGUGGGCAGUCAACCGCAGAGCCAGCAACAGCCUGCUCCAGGACAAGCAGGUAUGUACAUGGGCCAGCCUCAGAUGCAGUUCACUCCACAGGGUUUCGCUCCAGGGAUGGGCGGAGCUGUCCCACCCACCACCAUGAUGAGCGGAGGGUCCAUGAUGCCCAGUAUGGCUCUGCACAACGGGGGCUACGCUGGCAUGCAGCAGCAGGGCGCAAUACCAGCCAACCAAGGACAGAACUUGUACAAUAUGCAGCAAGGACAGCAGCAAGGACAGUGGAAUAUGAACCAGAUGACGCAGCAGAUGUCAGGCAUGGCCAUGAGUGGUGGUGGGCCAGCGGCAGCCGCUUUUAGCCAGUCAGGGGCCCCCGCGGCUGUUUGGCCCGCGGCUUCACCUGCGCCUUCCGGCCAGACCCUCAGCACUCAACUCUGGAAGUGACGAGAAGGCGGUCCUGAGGAUGAGUGGGAGUGAUGCUCCUGAUUCACCCUUCUCCUCACUGCCCAGAAUAAAGAACACACAGCAAAGAGGUUUGACUGCACACCUCCACCAUGCUUCCUUUAAGACAAACUACAAUGACAUCACAGUGGGUGGAGUGGAAAAAAAAAGAGAAAAAGACAGACUGGCAACUGCUGUUUCCAGUCUUCUUUCAUCUUUCCCUUUCCUUUUUGAUUUCCUUCAUUUGUUGUUGUCUGAAGAAAGAGACAAAAACAGCAGAAUUGACUAACAGGAAAGCUGCUGGACCAGUAACUCAGAGUGUUUGUUCUAGUAAUAUUAUAUCAUUACCAAAAUGGAUAGUUAGUGAAUAGUCUCUCAAUACUUACCGUAGAUAUGGCUAUCUUGUGGUUGGUCUAUGCUACCCUGUCCUCUCCCCUUCCUCUGCUGUGUAUAUUGUAACCCCCUCCCCCCUUACUGCCCCCCACCGCCCCACCCCUGAUAGGGCGAGCAGAGCCUCGUAGCAGAUAAUCGUCUGAACAGUACUGUAUUUAUGUGAAUAAGAUGUGAACCUUCCGCUUUUUCAGAGCCAUAGGAGAGAGUCUGAUACUUCCGUUCCCAGUGUUUGGUUCUCUUCGUCAUGUGACAGAGGAGGCUCUCCACUUUAUUUUAAAGUUCUUUUGACCAGAGCACAAAGCUCCCUAUCCAGCAGAUUUUACUUUGCACUGACUCACCAAGUCCUCAUUCCAAAAUUUUACCGCUUUCCCAAAAACAAAUUUUAAACAUUUUAAGUAUUAUAUAUUUAAGGUAAUCAGUGUCUCCUUACAACCACUUGAAUUCUCUUUUUCCCACAGCAGCCACCUUACAAUUGCCUCGGCGGCUAAGAUCUUAUACACAAGUGGUUCCUGACCUUAGGGUGUCGUCAUAAGAUACACGUGAAGGAUAGCGAGAUCAUUGGAAAUAAGAAAACAAAUUACACUUCUUAAUCUUUGUGUUUUAUUGUGAAAUAGCCUUGCCUUUCAGGACUCCCAACCAUAAAAAUCUCUUAAAUGAGCAGCAAAUAUCAUUUCUUUCAGCUCUGUUUAAUUCAGACUGUGACAAGGAGUCACACGCAUUUUAAUUUAACAACUUAAAUCAUUUUGCCCCCACAAAUGCAAAACGACUAAAACAUGCCUGAAACAUCUAGAUUUUAAGGCAUACAUGUGUAAAACAUUUAAGCUAAAAGAAAACCUGGCUGUCAUUCUUCUGCUUAUACGAAACAACGCAACUAAGCUUAGUUUGUGCCAGAUUUUCAAAUCAAAUGACUUUGGCAAAUACCCUGACUCACUGUUUUGUCGAGAGUUAUACUAGAAGAUCGAUACGAGCCUCAUGUUUGUGUGCAGGGGGUCUAACUGGGGCGAUCAGCCUAGCUUAGCAUAUAGACUGGAAGCUGGGGGGAACGGCGUCAUCUGUAAAGUUUACUAAUUAACUAAAGUUAAUUAAAGAGGGUUUAUACCAAUUUCCUGUCUGUAAGUUCAAAGUUCACUAAAGUUCACUAAUUAGCAUGCUUUUUGUCAUUUGUUCAGUGCAUUCACAAGCAAAAAAAAUAUGUGCUUGUAGUUAUUGGAAGUUUUCUGCUGGAACUAUUUUUAUAGACUCUGGACACAACUAGAGAACAACUGUCCUUCAAGUCUGCCAUUCAGGCUAAGCUAAUCACCUCCUGCCUUUAGCUCCAUACUUAACACACAGACAUGAGAGUGGUAUUGAUCUUCACAUUUUAUUCUCCGCAACAGAACUAAUAAGUGGAUAUGCCAAAGUGUCAAGAACAUAAACAUUCAGUUAAGCAAUCAGUUCCAGUACAGACUGAAUAAACACCUAAAGGUACAGAUCAGCGUAACUGAACUUCUGAAAACUGCAAUAUUCACGUCACAGUUUGAGGGACCACUCUAAUUCAAAACAGCUACGAAGCCAGCUGUCUGACAUUUAGACUGAAAUUCUUCUUUUUGGAAUAACUCAAUUUACAGUGUAGAUAUUUUACUCAUAGUGUAAAAACAAAACCAGACAUUAUUUAAAUUUAUUGCCCUGCUUUAGUUACAAGUAGAUAUUCCUUUGCUCAAAAGAGUCAAAAACUGUCGGUAACCACGGACAUAUACAAUAUAUACGUAUAUACACCAUUUGUCCGGUUGUUCAGUUCCAGUAUUUUUGUCAGCUGAUGAUGGUCAUCCAGCCCUGUUUGUUUUACUGCCAGCUGGUUAAAAACGAACCAAAACUCAAGAUAUCAAGGAUUCCCUUCAAGUCUCAGUAAUUGCUGGGCGGUCCCUGGCUCCCCUGGGUGUCUGUGGUCGCCGUGCUGUGGUGCUUUGAAGUGUUUUACAACCAAACGAGCUGGGUUCACUGGAAACUGGGCGCCGACCCAGUUAAGACUUUCCUUCUCGUUGAAAUGAACCUUUUCCCUAGCGAACCCCCGAGGCAAAUGAAAGCACUACUGGAAUCACAGCAGUUUGUCUUUACUGCACUUUAAAUAGCAGAGCAGGUACUGUAUCUCUUGCUGUGUUGUGGGUGCGUUUCUCAGAUCAUUACAUAAGUGAACUGUCAGUUCACUUUCAACUGCAGGGUAGGACUGUCAGUCUUUUUCUUUUAUUAAAAAUGGAUGUGUGUGACUCCCAAAAUGUUGCUCCCUUCACACAGGAUGCUAUAACCAUAUGUUCUGCUAUCCGCCAUCUUUAUUGUGGUGUUUUGUUGUGUGCAGUAGAAGAGAAGCACAGUUUGUCUGAUGCAAAUAAACCUGGAUGACCCUACUGAGGGCUAGAAAGGCAGGAUGAGGAUCAGGUUUGGACAGUGCUAGCAAAAGGGGACCUGUAUGAAAAUGCUGGAUGGGUCCCGUCGCCACUAUAUAGUCCUUGUUUAGCAGGAGACCGAACAGAGGAGCAAGAGCAGAAAUGAACUAACACACACACAUGCACACAGAGUUACACUCAGAGAUUCAUGUCCAUACACACAGGGUCCCUCUGCCACGCAAUAACUGUAACACCCUCUUUCACGCGUGGUUAAUGUGAACAACGCAUAGAUUUAAUAAAUCUAAUGUCCUCCAGGUUUAUUUCCAAUGUGUUUACAUUUUCUGGUGCCUAGUACAGAGAGAAAAAAAAGUGGUUUCUGUGAAUUCAAAAAUAAACAGGAAUUAUUCUGUGUUCAUCUCUGUCCAGUAACUGUAAAAGUAUAGUUUUAUCGUUUUGGGAUUUUUAUUUUUAAUUUUUUUUGUUUUGCUCCUUUUUUCUUGUUCCAAGUUUUACAAGAGGGUCAUUUAAAAUAAAAGCUGUUGAAUUCUGGAUUUAGUCCUGUUUUUAUCAGUUAUUGCGUUUACAUUGCACGCCAACACCUCUAGAACUUCAGCGAUCAGGACAGUACUGCCGUUAACACUGGAGUUGUGAAACUA